UUUAGUCAGGACCUUUGCUUUUUUGGCCGCUACCCCUCUCCGUAGGAGCAAUAGAGUCACCAUCCGGCGCAUGUGCACUGUAUACUUUAAGCUAACUUUAACUUACUGUCCACGCGUGUUUAGAGUCUCACUUUGGGAAAAGUGGGGUUUGAGCCCUGGGAUUUUAGAAAUAUACGACGCGUUUUUCUUCAGAAUGGGUGGUCAAGCUAAGGGAAAAAAGAAAAAUAAACCGAAGAGGAAAGAUAACCGUCCAAACAGGGCAGAUGAAGGAUUUGUUGGUUUAUCACCUCAAGAAAGGAUGAAGGUAAGAAUGCAAGAAAAAGCCAAGAAGAAGACAGCGGAGAAGUACUCAGUAGAGCAACUCCUACAGAAGACUGAAGAAUGCAUGGACAGUUUUGACUUUGAAAUGGCCAGCCUUUUCUGUCGAAGAGCCCUGGAUGUGGAGCCCACCAACCUGCAAGUUCUAGACAUGCUGGGACACGUUUCCUCUGAAUUAGGAGACACACAGAAAGCUAAAGAAGUAUUUCUACGUGCUGUGGAGCUUAGCCCAGAUGUUGGCCACAGUAAGUACAUGUACCUGGGACAAAUCCACACAGGCCGGGAGGCUGUGGACUACUAUACCAAAGGCAUACAAGUCUUACUGAAUACAUUGGAGAAACAAGGAACAACAACAACAGCUCUGGCUGGAGCUGCUGCCCCACCAGAUGAGGACCCCGAACUCCCCACAGAGAAGGAUGUUAGUGUAGCCUACUGCUCCAUCGCUGAGAUUUACUUAACAGACCUCUGCAUGGAGGAGGGGGCUGCCGACAAGUGCAGGGAGUUCAUAGAGAAAGCAUUACAGUAUCGCCAUGACAACCCAGAGGCUCUACAGCUUAUGGCCAGUUACCUGUUCAGUACAGAGAGAAACCAGGAAGGCAAAGAUUACCUGUUGAAGAGUGUUGGAAUGUGGCUACCUGCGCUAAAACGGAGAGCAGCUUCGUCCAGCGCAGGGGAAGACAUUCAGAAUGAGAUCCCUCCGUAUGAGUCUCGCAUCACCACAGCCAAACUGCUCAUUGAGUCAGAGGAGUACGAGAUGGCAGUAGAUGUGUUGGAGAGUCUGCUAGAAGAGGAUGACGAAGUUGUCCAGGUGUGGUAUCUCUCUGGCUGGGUGUGCUACCUCCAGUUGGAAAAGGCAAAGGAGCAGCAGGAGAGGGAAGGAAGAGAAGCAACAGAAGAGGAAAAGGAGGAGGGGACGGCAUUGAAGGAAGCUGCCAGAUCAUACUUGACUAAUGCUAAGAAGCUGUACAACAAGCUUCGAUGUGACGACCAGCCGAUGUUGGAGCACGUGGAGCAGCUUCUGGGCGAGCUGGGAGGAGAGGUGGAGGGAGAGGAUGCAGAUCCAGCCUUGGAUGAAGAUUUUGAACCCUGUAGUGAUGAUGAUGAAGAGGAGGAUGCAGAAGCACCCAUGGAACACUGACCGCGCCUCCCUGCUUGUAUUUUGUGAUUUCACUUUUCUCCCAUCAUGUCUCUCUGUAGUUCAUGAGAUCUCAAAGGUGCCUUUUUUUAAAUGGUUUUCCUCUUCCACCUGCUUAUCAACGAUUAAAUCUGAAAUCCACUGAUAUGCACAAAAGAGCGGCAUUAAAAGCAGCAGUCUCCUCAAUCUCUUUCA